AUGCCUUCUAAAAAAAUUCGCCCUACCAUGCCGAGCCCACCAGACGCAAUCCCAACACUUAAAUCAUACGAAGUUCCCAAAGUUGGCCCAGAAGUAGAUUUGAAUGAUUUAAUCGAUGGCUAUCUUGAAGACUUGGAUACCUGUGAUGACCCCGUCGAAAUAAGUGACAAUGUAUAUAAAGAUGGAUGUAGGAGUGGAAUAAGAAGUGUUAAUGAGGAGUAUUCGAAGGAUAUUAAAAAUGACGAAUUGAAUAAAAGUACUAACCUUGAGAUUUCCAAGAUUCGCGAGUCUGAUAGUAAUGACGAUAUGCAAAUGGAUGAUAAGAAGAUGAUUUUUGAAGAGAUGAAUAAAAAAAUAAUAGAACUUGUUAGAGAUCGAUUUGAAGAAUCAAUGGUAAGAAUCGAGAAUCGUAUGAGUAAAGGUGUCGGAAAUGGAAGUCCCGAUAUAAUUGACCAAUGGCUCCGAUACUUACUAAUUGACUGGCCUCUUGCCGUUAUCUUCGAUUCCGGAGGAGAUAUUC